AUGCCCAAGGCUAAAGUUCAUGAAACCUCAGUUUGGAAUAGUGAUGAGCAACAACCAGCAUGGCCUGCCCAGGGAGAGGGUGGCAGGAAAGACCUAUCAUCUCUGCCGGUUCCAGGCCAGGAGUUUCCCCGGGUUUCGCAUUUAGGCAUCUUUCACAACUACAAGUUUUCAUCACAGAUCAGUGAGAGAAGAGCACAAUUUCAAGGCACAGUUUCCCGGAGCCAGCGUACACCCCCCGCCCCUCCGCGCGGAGCCUGCGCGGGCCGCGCCUGGCAGGUGCACAGCGGCAGCGGCGGUGGCCCCGCAGGGCCCGCAGGUGGGGACGCGCCGCGGGGGCCGCCCCGGGGAGCCAGCGGCCCACGUGAGGGAAAGAAGUUUUUCCUUCCCUCCCCUCGCCUUCGAUACCGACAGGGGUUAAAGAAUAGCACCAGCCACGGUUCUGAAAGGCGGCCGAGGCUGAGUGAAACCGGCCUCGUUCCGCGGAGGUCAUCAUCCACCGCGGCUCUGGUGGCUCCGCUGGGCACCGCAGCCAGCCAGAGCGAGCUGCAACACACCGCGCGUGAGAGCGAUACACCGCUCCGGGCUCGGGACGGCCAGAUGCCACAUCCCCACGCCACAAAACUGCCCCUGGGUCAAGUCCGGAGCGCGGGACCGAAAGCCACCCCUGGAAGAAAAGCCUGA